CCCCCCUUUUUUAUUUAGGCCAUCAUAUCAAAGACAGCAUUUCAGUAAGCAUGGAGGCACUUCAGCACUGGAGACCUUGGUGUUCAGAUGCUGAUCAUUCCAUAGUUUAGUCCAUAGAAGCGUGAAUAACAGGGAAUUCCUCGACAGAUUUUCCCCUCACAUAUUCUCUGACAAAACCUGAAUGUUUUCCAGAAUGUCAAUGCAAAACUUGGUGUCCUCAGCAUCCACAAGUUUCAUAAAAUGUGUGGCAAACUGCCUUUGGUCUGUCACAUUUAGAGUCUCGCUCGGGCUUGCUGACAGCUACAUGGAAGCUGACAACUUCAGAGCAGUUUGCUUGGAGAAGAAUCCUGGUAAAAUGAGUGGGAAAUGGAGUCAGGGCAAAAGUCCAGCCUGAUUUCCAAAGGCAGUCCCAGUGAUUUGAAGGCUGAGGUGUCUCAAAGCAGGACAUGCACAGCUGCUCUUGCCCAGGCUGGUUUUGAGGAGGUUUUGAAUUCCCUGCAGAAAAGCGGGAGAUCUGGUGGCCUCACAGCACUUCAGGGUGUCCUCUCACAAUUCUCCAUCAUCCACCAUCACCCCGUGCUGUGGAGACCGAAGGGCAAAGAAGGGGUUUCCUCCAAGCUGCUGUGGUGGAACACAGUGCUCCUGGUUAUUUGGGGGAACAUGUUGUGGUGACAACAACAUCUCCUGCCUCACCGGCUUGUCACCUCAGAGCAUAGCAGACACACCCUGGACAAGCUGGCCAAACUCCCCGGGAGGACAUGGGCACAGCUGGCUGCGAAAGGCCUGCUCUGCCUCACACAGCUCCUGCCUCAGGCACCGGAUGUGAGGUACCCUGAGGGCGGGAGACGUGGGUCGGGGCAGGGCCAGGUACGCGCUUUGUGGAGGAAGGAAAAGGCACGAGAUGGCGGCAGGUGGUGCAGCAGCAGAGGGAAAGGCCUGUGCUGGAAAGGCACAAGAUGGCAGCAGGGUGGUGGUGCAGCAGGAAGGUCUGUGCUAAAAAGGCACAAGAUGGCGGCUGGUGGAGCAGCAGGAAGGCCUGUGCUGGAAAGGCACAAGAUGGCGGCAGGUGGAGCAGCAGGAAGGCCUGUGCUAAAAAGGCACAAGAUGAUGGCGGCUGGUGGUGCAGCAGGUAGGCCUGUGCUGGGCGCUCUCAUUUUGUGACAUCACCAGAGUGGCACUGGAGCGACACUGGAAGCUGAGGGAGCAAACGUUCCAUGCCAUUCCGACAGGGCACUGUGGCAUGGGGAGCCCUCUGUGAGCCCGAGCGAGGUGCUGGCAGUGCCGCUGCCGUGAGGGGCUGGAGCAGGUGACGCAGCGUCACCAUGGACGAGAACAGGUGGUUUUGGAAUCUCAUUCAGAAUGAUUUCAGGACUGGGAAUAUUGAUUUCGAGGGUUGCAUGAGGCUGUUUGAAAAAAUGAACAUAAGUUUUGAUGAAGAUCAUUUUAAACAUAUUUUCAAGAAAACCCUUGACAAACAGACAGAAGAUGUAAUUAGCAUGAAUGACUUCAGAGCAAUUUAUCGAGCUCUUGUACACAGACCUGAAUAUGAAGAUCUAUUCAAGUCCUACUCAACAGAUGGCAAAAUUCUACCUGAUGGCCAGCUCCUGAAAUUCCUUGUAAAAGAGCAAUUUCAAACUGAAGCUGAUGAAACAACUGCCUUAGAAAUUAUUAUGAAGCAUGAACCCAUUGAUGAAGUGAGAAAGAAAAGGCAGAUGUCAUUUGAAGGAUUUGUAAGGUACAUGAACUCAGAAGAAUGUUCAAUAUUUAAAAUCCAGCACAAGGCAGUCUAUCAAGAUAUGACCCAGCCAUUAUGUGACUAUUAUAUUUCAUCUUCUCACAACACCUACUUGAUAGCUGACCAACUCAUAGGACCUAGUCAUUUAUGGGGAUAUACCAGUGCUCUCUUAAAAGGAUGUCGUUGCCUGGAGAUUGACUGCUGGGAUGGCAACAACAAUGAACCUAUUGUGUAUCAUGGUCACACUUUAACAAGCAGAAUUCCAUUUCGUUCUGUAAUUCAUGUGAUUGACAAGUAUGCAUUUAUGUCAUCUGCCUAUCCACUUGUACUGUCUUUGGAGAACCACUGCAGCCCUAAGCAGCAGGAAGCAAUGGCAGACUGCCUGAAAAGUGUUCUAGGUGAAAAACUUCUUUCUUUACCACUUGGUGGUGAUGUAAAUAUGACUCGACUGCCUUCUCCUGAGGCAUUAAAAUUCAAAGUUCUGAUAAGAAAUAGGAAAGUUGGAACGAUUGAGGAGAGCCUGAUGAGGAUGGACGAUGACUACCACGGCGAGGUGGAGGAGAUCUCAGACUCUGACGCCCAGUCUGACGACGACAGCGACGACACGAUCCCUGCUCGGGGAUCCAGGACCUCCUUCAAGAGGAAGAGAAGGCGUCCUCAUAAAAGAACAAAGGUGAAGAAGGUGAAGAUUGCCCUUGCAUUGUCAGACCUUGUGAUUUAUACCAAAUUACAAACGUUUGUGAGCUUUGACCAUUCUCUGCAGCAUCAGCAAUGCUAUGAAAAUAAUUCAAUUGGAGAGGCUGUAGCACGAAAACUUGCAAGAACUUCAGUUAAAGAGUUUGUUUCACAUACUACAAGAUUUAUUACAAGGAUUUACCCCAAGGGAUCAAGAGUGAGCUCUUCAAAUUAUAAUCCUCAUGUUUUCUGGAAUAUAGGGUGUCAAAUGGUGGCCUUAAACUUCCAGACACGGGGAUUACCAAUGGAACUGCAGGAUGGAAAAUUCCUGGACAAUGGUGCUUGUGGCUAUGUGCUGAAACCUGAAUUCCUGAGGGAUUGCAAUACCUCAUUUACACCCCGAAAUGUGGGAGGAUACAGCAAACCAAUGUCUCUGUCAAUAAAGCUGAUCAGUGGCCAUCAGUUACCACCCAGCAGUUUGUCAAAGACCAACAAAGCUGACCCCAUGGUGCAGAUAGAAAUCUAUGGUGUGCCAGAGGAUCAAACAAGAAAGAAAUCCAGUGUUGUAAGAAGCAAUGCUUUGUGCCCUAAAUGGAAUGAAACGUUCAGUUUUACCAUCCAAGUUCCAGAGCUGGCAAUGAUACGCUUCUGUGUGGAGGAUGAGAUCUCUCUGGUUAACAAGGAAUUCCUGGGCCAGUACACCUUACCUGUGAUGUGCCUGAAUACAGGUUACCGGAACGUUCCCCUCUCAUCCAAAGAUGGUGCCAGGAUGGAGCCUGCAUCACUCUUUGUUCAUGUCUGGUACUAUUAGUGAUGUUCUGCAGAAGGAAUUGUCCUGGGGGAUUGUCCCCUGCUUCAAUAAAGUAACAUUUCUGGCUCUGUAACAGCCCCACGGCCUGAUUGCCAGAGUGGCACAUUCUCAAUGAUUUAUGGAGCCAGAGGACUUUGAUGGAAGGGGUAUGCUGAAUAAAGACUGCUGUCCUUGGCC